AAAAAUUUAACUGUUAAUGCAACUUCGUUAAAGCAAGAGUAGGAAAAGUAUUGAUGAUCAAGAAAUAGGAUAAAAGAAACAACUAAGUACUCGAAAAUCUGUUGGACAAACAAAGUAAAAGCGAAGUGUUUCAAAGGAUAAAGAAAAUCAUAAAACACAUACUUAAUUGAAUAAAAAAGUUAAAAAUAUAAGUGAAACAUUCAAAUUAAAAGAUAUAUUGAAAAGCAAAGAAUUUUAUCAAGGAAAUGAAGAAUAUGAAGAAAAUACGGCUACAAGAUCAACACCUUAAAAAACUGAGUGUCAAACAAGUAAUUCUAGAUUUAGUAAUUGUAAUUGCAAAUAAGAAGUAAUUGAAGAUAAUUUAAAGUAAAUAAUUUAGAAUAUGAAAUUUAGUUUAAAAUAAGAAAUAUUAGAACAUCUAGAAAAGAUACAAUGCAUAGUUUAAAAAAAUGAAAGAUUUAUGACACAUAGAUCUUAAUAAGAAAUAAAGGCUGAAAGUUUUUUAAGUUAAGAUAAAUCAUCAAGGAAAUGUUAAAAUAAGAUUUAAGAAUAAGAUUAAUCAGAAGAUGUAUUAAACACUAGUAACAUUUGUAAUUUAAAUUAUAUUAUUCAACAACAAUAAUUUUAAAUAUCAAAUUUAAAGACUAAAUUAUUUUGUUAAGAAUAGAAAUUCUUAGAAAAGUAAUCAUAAUAUGAAUAGGAGGUUUUGUAAUUGAAAAAUCAAAUAUUAUAAUUAACUAGUGGAAUGGAAAUGCUUAAAGAAUAAAUUCAUUAGUAGUAGUUUUAAAGACAAGUAAAUGUUCAAUAAAAGAAAUGA